UGAGCGCAGGCGGCGGGAUCUCGCUCCUUUUUACCGCCAUCAGAUCUGGGUCCUUUUCCCUCUCAGGCUGCCUCCCUUGCUCGCCACAUCACAGCCGAACCAUCAAGUGAAGAACUAAAACCGGUCAAGCAACAACAUGGCAGACAUUGACAACAAAGACCAAGCCGAGAUGGACCCUGCAGAUAUGGAGGACGUGGAAGAGGUGGAGGAGGAGGAGACCGGAGAGGACAGCAAAGCUCGUCAGCUGACGGUGCAGAUGAUGCAGAACCCCCAGGUGCUGGCAGCUCUGCAGGAGAGGCUGGACGGGCUGGUGGGCUCGCCGUCUGGAUACAUGGAGAGCUUACCGAAGGUGGUGAAGCGGCGUGUGAACGCCUUGAAGAACCUGCAGGUGAAGUGUGCCCACAUCGAGGCCAAGUUCUACGAGGAGGUGCACGAGCUGGAGAGGAAGUACGCAGCCCUCUAUCAGCCCCUCUUCGACAAGCGUAGUGAAAUCGUCAAGGCUGCGUACGAGCCCACGGAUGAGGAGUGUGAAUGGAAGGCAGAUGAGGAGGAAGAGCUGAGCGUAAGUAAGCAGGACGAGAUGAAGGACAAGGCGAAAGUGGAGGAGGAGAAGAAGGAUGAGGAGAAGGAGGACCCCAAAGGCAUCCCCGAGUUUUGGCUGACCGUCUUCAAGAACGUGGACCUUCUCAGCGACAUGCUGCAGGAGCACGAUGAGCCAAUUCUGAAGCACUUACAAGACAUUAAAGUCAAAUUCUCAGAUGCUGGCCAGCCAAUGAGCUUUACAUUAGAAUUCUACUUUGAGCCCAACGACUUCUUCACAAACACGCUGCUGACGAAAACCUACGUCAUGCGCUCCGAGCCCGAUGAGACCGACCCCUUCUCCUUCGACGGCCCAGAGAUCAUGCGCUGCACAGGGUGUCCAAUUGACUGGACGAAGGGCAAGAACGUCACACAGAAGACCAUCAAGAAGAAGCAGAAGCACAAGGGGCGCGGCACAGUGCGGACAGUCACCAAGACCGUCCCCAACGACUCAUUCUUCAACUUCUUCACUCCCCCAGAAGUUCCAGAAAGUGGUGAAAUGGACGAGGACUCUGAGGCCGUGCUGGCUGCAGACUUUGAGAUUGGCCACUUCAUCCGCGAGCGCAUCGUUCCCCGGGCUGUGCUCUACUUCACAGGAGAGGCCAUCGAAGACGACGACGAUGAUUAUGACGAGGAGGGCGAGGAAGGUGAUAAUGAGGAGGGAGAGGAAGAGGCGGAUGAGGAGAACGAUCCAGAAUACGAUCCCAAGAAGGACGGCAAUCCCCCAGCGGAGUGCAAGCAGCAGUGAUGUCUGCGCCGCCACCACCCCUCUCCCCCCAUCUGACGGCCUUCUGGAUCAACUGCACUGUAACCGCUUCUCCAAUUAAAACAUAGUUACUUACCGCCUUAUAAUGUUUUGUAUUUUUCUUGGUAGAAAUGGAUUUCACUAAACCAACCAACCGACAACUACAAGAGUAAAAGAUUUUUUUUGUUUGUUUUUGUUACAAUGAAGAAAAUAUGGAAGAACUCCGAUGUGAGCUGUGGUUCAGCUCCACAUGCGUAGUAUUUUAUUUAGAUUUUAUUUUAUUUUUUUGUUCUCUUUAUAUUUUUUUCCUCUGUACAAAUAGUUAGAAUGCAGAAACCCCCCCCCUCAGAAAAAAAGCAUGUAUCUCACUGCUUAAAAAAAUGGGGGGAAAUAGUUUGGGUUCUUAUCAAGUCUUUUGUCGUAUCGCUCUUGGACAACAGCUGUAGAACAAAAUGUCUUGUCUGUGGGGAAGAGGAGGAGGAGGGUGGGGUAUAGGAAAAACAGAAGUGUGCACACUGGGGGGAGAAAAAACAAAACAAAAACCUUGUUUAUACGUUCCGACACUUAACAAGUUCCAUGCCCCCACUGAUCGGUAACCAAAGCUAUGGACACCCUGGCUGCAUGAAAUGUUUGAGGUAUGCGUGGUGUUGUGUGAAGCGAAGUGUGUGUCUGUUUUUACACUGUUGGAAAUUGAGCUGUUCGUCUGUUCUGUAUUGCAGAAACGGACAUCUUUUGGCCCACAAAAAGGGAGUGAAAAAGUUGAGGCGAGUAACUAAUAUCAACAUUCCACUUGGAUCAAAGUGACACUUCACGAGCGUUCAGAUUAGCAUAUCGAUACUCAAGUCAAUUGUAGUUUCUUUUCUUGAGCGUUUUUACACAAUGUUAGGUGACCAAUUAUUAAAAUCGUAAAAUCUGGAUAUUCCUGACUAAAGUGAACCUCCUUUUUAAAAAGGUGUCAAGGGAAAAGUGUUAGCCUUACAUUCCAGCAGAUAUACAAGUCCCAUUGAACGGUCGUAAUAGGAAAAGGGUUAGAGUACUAGUUGGCCAUGCCAGUGCCUCUGCUCCCCGCAUUCCCCGAUUGUGGCCCUUGGGGCCCGCUGGUGCAUGUUCGAUCUUUUUCUAUAGCAGUUUAUACUAUUUCUCCAACAUGUCGACAGUGGUGUCCUCUCCCCUUAUGAAGCACUUUCACCCUUUUUCCUCACCAAUAUGAAUCGGGUGGUCAAGUGUAGCUUACCAACAAGGCUGCACUUCAAUGGCAGGGUAGAUGGUAGGGUUUUCCUUUUUUUUCUGGAUUUUUCCCGGAAUCAGUUUAAAGAGUCUCACUGGUCGCACGUGGCCGCUUCUCCCGCUUCCUAUUGGGUCUUCCUCACCCUCUAUAAUUAGGAGGACUCCGUAGUCUUGUUCUUGUGGGUUGCCCAUGGAUGGUGAAACGUAGGUGUGUGUGUGAGACACACGUGUGUUCUAGCAUAGCCUACUGCAGUGCAUUUGCUGCCCAGAGAGCCGAUAACCAGCAGCAGCAGCAGGAGGAGGAGGGGGGCCACUUAGAAUCCAGUCUGCCCCUGACCACUGAGAGCAAGGCCCGUCACUGUGAAGGGGAAGCGCGUGUGUUUGUGAAAGUGUGUGUGUGUGUGUGAGAUUGGUAGAUGGUAUGUGACUGAAACUACCAUGUCCUUUGCUGACGUCCUGCUUGGGUAUUGAUGGAUGCUGUCGCUUGUAGCUCAACUCAGCAGAAGUUUCCUUAAAUAAAAAAAAACCUGAUGAGCAAUACUGUUAAGGGGAACAAACCGAAACUAAAAAUAAAUAUGUAAAAAUAUGGCACCGGCUUUUUGUUGGGUCAGUUGUUAAGGUGUGUGUGUGUGCGUGCGUGCGUGCGUGUGUGUGUGUGUGUGUGUGAGGCGCAGGUGUCCAGCCUCUUUUGUGCUCCCCGGGUUAUAAUGUUGAAUAUGUACCUGUCAGGGGGUCCAAUGGGAUUGUGUGUUUCUUGGUCCUCUCUAAGCAGCUGUUGUCAAAGCAAAAUGCCAUGCUACAAAAUACUAAUGUACUCAAUAAAACUGUAAGUGUAUGUAUAUUCAUGAAUAAAUUGGUUAAACGUGA